AUGGAGCACACCGUGCCGCUCUACGAGAGGAGGAGUCGCGCCAAGUUGAAGAGGGAGAAGCAGCUGAGAAAAGUUAAAGGCCAAGUUUUGCACUUGGGUUGGAGUGCGCGUUUGGGGGGGCCCUCCAGAGCCAGGGCGGUUGGUAGUAGCUCCUACGCAGCUCACCUGGAGGAUGCCAAUGCGGGAGACACCCAAGUGGGAGUCCCCCCAUUGGAAGUCCCCCCAGUGGGGGCGCUGCCCGAGAUAAGGGCGGACGAAUCCAACGCGUCUUCACUACCCUUCACGCACGCGAAGAGGCUGUUCCUCUCGAUCAGCAGGAAGCGGGACGAGGAGCUGCUCAAACGGGUGAGCAGCGCGCAGUUGGUGCACGUGUGCGUUUUUAUGGUGAAGAAGAAUGUGCGCUGUCGCCCCGUGGAGGAGGAGUUCCUGCGGAGGGUUAGCGUGAGUGCGGCGGUUAGCGAAGAGGCGGUUAACCCGGUAGGCUUCGCGCUGGACGCCCCCCUCCUGCGCGCGGACAACCUCCUGCACCUGCUGGAGUUCAUCCACCACAUUGGCCUGAACAACCUGGGGGCGCGUCAGCGGGGGUGCCCCGCCUGGAGGUUCAGCCACCUCAAGCGUGUCUACAACGCGCUGCUGAGCGAAGCGAUAAACGGAAUGAUGCUGAGCAAGGGGCACCUUAUGGAGAUUAUUAGAAUAAACGACAGGUACCUGCAUUUCGAUGAGAGCCUCUUCAACUACAUCGAUGGGACCAUCGCUAGCACCUUCCACACAUAUGAUGAGCAUGACGUUGCGUGUCUCUGCAGACAUUUAAAUAAAAUUUUAUUUUUCUUCUCUUUGCAAAGACAUGGGGUUAGGUGUGAUAUGAAUGUACACCGUUUGGUGAAGCGGGAACUCAUCAGGAGGAGCUCCCUCGUGCAGACACUCAACAGAGAGCUGAGCAGAAGUGCCCACGAAUAUAAAUAUUACAACCUAGUGGAGCUCCUCGAAUUUUACUCUCUUUUUGAAGUAAAGAAAAAGGAGAUGGUGAAGAGACUUAUAAACGAGAUAGACAAGCACAUUAACAUCAUGCGGUAUGGCUACCACGCAAAGGCACUCAUCUUAUUGAGCCUCAAUAGGAAACACCUGGAUGGAGAGAAUGAAAAGAGUGUAAGACGGUUAAUCAGAAGAACUUCCCAAAUGCUCCACUUUUACUGGCCUGUGGAAUUCAUCAUAGAGACUAUCAUAGCGUGCUGUUCUUUCCUCGAAAGGGGCAACAAGACCUUGCGCAAUUUAUUUUUAUAUUUGAAGGGCAACAUUAAAAAGUGUAUUCACCCCGUUCUGCUGGUCAACCUCCUAAAAUCGCUAGCCAGUAGACGGUUGCACGAAAUGACUGUUUGCACGCAAAUUGAAGGUUACGUAAAGGAGAGGAGAGACUCCAUUCACGAGGUGCACGAAAUGCACGUGGUGCACAUAUUGAAGUACCUGGCUUUGUUAAACCAUCCCAGUGAUAAGCUGUUUGUUUUUUUUUUAUCUUCUGAGGGGGCGCUGUCUCGAGUGGCUCGCCUGCCCAGUGAAUCGCUGGUUAACCUUCUCCACGUGGUUAGUCACUACAGGGGGGGGCACCGCUCCGGGGGGGACUUCCGCGUGGGGAACAUCCUCGUCCGCUCCAGCGCGGCGGUCUUCUUCUCCGAGUACGUGAUGUUUUUGCUGCUCAGGAGGGGGUGGCAUGGAAACUGGGCCAACCGCGGCGCGCAGGGGGAGGGGACCACUCACACAGUGCAUGAGGAGAAGACUUCCCCUAACGUGCGGGGCGAGGCCAACCACAGCGGUGCCCCUCAUCUUCCGCGAAUGGCCACCCUCGUGCAGCUGCUAAACGCCCUGACGAACCUGAAGGUCACCAACCAGGACAUGCUGCACUACGUCGUGAGUCACCUGCAGGGGGGUCUUCCCCACGUGGGGGAAAGCCACGUGGUGACUCUCUUCCAGUUCUUCUCGGAGCAUCUAAUUAACUGCCCCUCCGUGGGGGAGGCCCUCACAAGGCAGACGUACGUCUAUCUGCAUCAUCUUGCAAGAGAAACAAUAAUGAAGCUACCCGAGGAGUACCUCCUUCACUGUGCAUUCGCCACCCUAACGUACUACUUCGUCGAUCAUAUUAUGAAGAAGAACAGGAAGAAUGUAAAUCUGCUGGAAAAAAUGAUGAUUAUCUUUGGGCGCAAAAUAAGAGCAGGGCUAAACAUCCUAACGGAGGAAAAUGAAGAAAAGAAGGCCUCCUCAGAACUGCUGCACGUGAUAUCCGCCGUGCUCAAAAGGAUCUACGGAAAAAUCGAGAGGAGGUUACCUGACGAGCUGUUUACCCUAUGCACACAUGUAGAGAGGCAUGUAACUGCAAGGGGAGACACAGUCAGGGGAGGAAGAAACCACAAAAUGGCAUCUGGGCAAUGCUUCCUUUUUUUUUUUUCUGACCUCUUUAAGAGUAAAAAGAUCCCCCAUUUUGUUAACUACUUCAGUUACCCCUACACGAUUGACAUGGUCAUUCCAGGGGGGGCAGACACAGGUGGAGUGGCCGAGCAAAGUGGCAAGCGCCCCCGCGCCCUCUUCCUGAUCGACCGCUUUGAUCAGAUGUACUUGCGGAACGUCCCCGUGGGCCGCUUCUUCGGCGAGGAAGCGGUGCAAAUGGGAGAGCGGCGAAGCGGCCAAACGGGGGAACGGCGAAGUGACCAACUGGGGGAACAGCAGAGCGGCCAACGGGGGGAGCGGCGAAGUGACCAAAUGGGGGAAGACCCCUCUGGGGCCCACCGAACCGCGGAACGCGUCUACCAAAAUGAAGACGUGCGCACGUGCUUGAAGCCGUACGAAGCCAUUCGCGAGUGGUUCCUGAGCAGCCAGAACUUCGCUGUGUCCUACGUGUCGCUGGCCGACUGGGCGGGCAAGCAUAUGUAG